AUGGAGCCCGUUCCUGAGACGGAGCGGAUGGAGGAGUUUCGGCCCUCGCCAGUGCCCUCGACUCCUCUGGCACCUGCGCUUCGCAUUCACAACCCAAAGACGCUCUCGACCCUCGACAUCGACGUCCUCCGCAAGCCAUCGCCGCUGAGACGCAGCACCGAUCCUAGUCCGACCUCGCCUGCCUCUCCCGCCUCGCCCUCGUGGGCCGCCUCCACCUUCAUUCCAUACCGCCCGCGAAACGCCUCCCCGCUCUCAGGUUCCCACUCGCGAUCCCGCUCCACCACGAGCCUCGCACCUCCCAUGUCACGCACCCAGUCGAUGCCUGGCGUCAACGGCUCCGGUCACAUCCUCUAUUCGCCCCAGCAACACCGGCCCGCCAGUCCCUCGAGCUCCCCGAGCCGCGUCCGGGCCCCGCGAAAGCCCACGGACGAGUCCUUCCCCCCAACCUCACCCGUCCGAGCCUCGGUCCUUGAGCCUGAGCGAAGACACGGCGAGAGGAGGAGCAGCUCGCCCAUCUUCGGCGUUUCGACUAGCACUCCCGCCCGGCUGCGACGACCUUCAUCCCCUCUCCGCACUGUCACCCAUUCGAGCACUGGGUCAUUGGUGACAUAUCCCUCCACCCCAUCGUCCUCCAUCUCACCGUCCUCCUUCUCAUCAUCCUCACUCUCAUCGACUUCUUCCUUCCGGGGCUAUGACGCCCUCUCGGGCAGCUAUGGAACUGCAUUCUCCUCUGUGCCCUCCACCCCGACAUCUACGAGAUCUCGCAGCCCUAGCAUCUCCAGCUUGGAAACCAUCCCCGACACGCCUGAUGCGGAGGAGGCGGCGCUGGAAGCCGAACGCAUCGCUCAACUCAAGGCUGCAGCGGAUGCCGCAGAAGGAGGUGAAUCCUCGGAAUCAAAGGGGCGGAGCAGCUUGGACGUGGCCCGGGGCCGAACUAUGGGCUUUGGCUCCAGGGACAAGCGGAAGCGCUGGAGCGUCUGUGGAGCUGAGCGGAGAGGUGAUCUCGAUCUUGAGACCAUCUGGGAGGACUGA